AUGGAUUCCACGCACGCCGGCGUGCAGGUGCUCUUCGGCACGCGGCUCUCAGACGGUAUGGAGGUGGUGGUCAAGACGCGCGAGAGGCCAGGGUCCUUCAAGGGGAGCUGGGAGGAGCGCGAGUGGCGCGAGACGACGGUGGCCCAGCUGAACAUGCCUCAGAUCGACAGCGUGUGUGAGUACAUCGAGGUGUACGAGACUCCCUCCAAGUACUAUGUCAUCAUGGAGCGGGUGAGCGGCAUGGAUCUGUUCGAGCACCUGCAGCAGGGGCGGGUCGAGCAGGAGGACGCGCGGCAGAUCCUGCACCAGAUACUCGGGGCGCUGGACGCGAUGCACUCCGCCGGCAGGAUCCACAAGGACCUGAAGCUGGAGAACGUGAUGGUGGACAUGUCGUCCCCCAAGGCGCGCAGGCGCAGCUGCAACGGGUCACCGACGUCCGUGGAGGCAAAGCUGAUCGACUUCGACACCGUGCAGGACUGGGAGCCGUCGAGCCCCAAGUCAGUGGAUGUGCUCGGGACCGACGGCUACAUCUCUCCCGAGGCAUACGCGGGGGACUACUCGCCUGCCUCCGACGUCUACUGCGCAGGCGUCAUCAUGUACAUGCUGCUCACGGGCAGUACCCCGUUCAGGACGGAGAUCUUCGACGACAGGCCUGGCGAGAAUUGGGUCGGCAGCCCCGCGAUGCGGCGCAUACAGAAUCGCCUGAGGAGGGAGAAGGUCGACUUCACAAGGCCGCCGCUGAACAGGUCGCCCGACGCACAGGGCCUGGUGAUGCGCAUGAUGGCCUUCGACCCCAACGAGCGCCCCACGGCUGCCGAGGCGCUGCAAGACAGGUGGUUCCGACUCGUGGGGGACAUGCCCCCAGAGAGCUCGUUGAGCCCGACCUCCUCUCAUCAGUCCACCUGCGCGAGCAGUCGCGGGGGGUCUCCAACGGGCCCCGCGGGCGCUGCCGGCUGCCUCGCCUCCCUGCGCCUCUGGCCAGGGCGGCACUGA